CGAACGGCGACACAACACCUCACGCGACGAUGAGCACCACCCUGCUCGGCGACGAGCUGGAGCGUGUGUUUGGCACGACGGACCUGUACAAGUUGUUUUGCGUGGAGCGGGAUGCAAGCCAGGAGGAUCUGAAGAAGGCCUUUCGCAGACAAGCGCUCAGAUACCAUCCAGACAAAGCAGGCAGCGACCCGGAGGCCACCACCAAGUUCCAGCUCAUCAGUCGUGCGCACAAGUUCCUGUGUAGCCCAUCUCGGCGAAAGUCUUACGAUCGCACCGGUGUGAUUGAUGACGAGGACCUGCCUUCCGACCCAGACUUUUCUUGGGAGGAGUACUGGCAUGAGCUGUUCCCGGCACUGACUGAGGAAGACAUCGCCAACUUCUCGAGUUCGUACAAGGGAUCCGAGGAAGAGGACGAGGACCUGAAGACGGCAUACCGGCAGCACGAGGGCGAUUUGAAGGCCAUCUUCUCCUUUGUGCCGCUGAGCGACCCGCUGUCAGACCUGGACCGUUUCCGCGCCAAGAUUGAAGCGUGGAUUGCUGCCGGCGAAGUUGGCGACUACCCGGCGUUCAGAGACAAGAAGAAGGAGAAGCUGCUGCUGCAGCAGGCGAAGAAGGAGGCCAAGCAGGCUGCAAAAGCCAAGGCAGCGGCAAAGGCAUCUGCAACUAGGGGCAAGAAGACAAAGGGGAAAUCAGGCACACGCAACAGCGGCAGCGAUGGCGGGGAAGACCUUGCACUCAUGAUUAUGCGGCGGCAGCAGGAGCGCAAGAAGGCGUUUGCAGACCUUGAGCACCGGUACACCAAGGGCAAGAAGCUGCAGGACAUGCCCUCCGAGGACGAGUUUGCUCGCAUUCAAGCAGAGCUGGAGGCCAACAGAAGCAAGCGCGCCAAGAAGCGGACAAAGUAACGCGUGCAUGCUUCUUGUGCAUGUGUGUGCGUGUGUGCGUGUGUUCGUGCAUGCUUCUUGUGUGCGUGUGUGUGUGUGUGUGUGUGUGUGUGUGUGUGUGUGUGUGUGU